AUUGCCCUGCUAGUGCUAGCUGCCAUGCUGCGAGCAUGUUAACAAAGUUGUACUAACAAAGUUGUACAUGGUUGGUUGUACCUAAAAGUUUAGAACCAGAAUGAAAGGAUUCAGUACGGACACAAACUCCAGAUACUAACCCUUCUUGUUAGAUCUUCAACAGAUUGGUUGGUAAAUGUGAUAGAUUUCUCCAUCUGUUCGUGGUCGGCCUCAAUCUUCCCCAUUCUGAGAUUGAUUGGCAAGCAGUUUGGAACUGAAAGUAACAUCAGUUUCUACAUUCUGGGGAUCCUCCAAUAAUCAUCUCUACAAAUGAUUCAGUUGACAUUAGUUACCAACCAAUCACAUAUUAAUGAACCUGAGCUUUUGUGCCAAACAUUCCUUUUAAUUCAGUGUGGCGGAUGCUCUUUUUAAUUUUGGGAACUUGACAUUAAUGAGAAUGGCAUCUGCAUGUACCAGACUAAGUUGUGUGGUGAACAGUGCCUGUAAACAACUAACAAUAUUGCCAAUAGCACGUGGAUUGUUAGAAACUCCUGUCAAGGGAAGGACCUGUGUUGCCUUUGGUGUCAGGACAAACACAUCUUGGCCUUUUCCGGAAGGGAAUAUAUCAAUAAAUACAAAAAUCAUUGAUAAAACAAACAGCAAACAGGAAUUAAGAAGGAAUAUCUCCAAUGUUGGCAGUUCAUCUGACAAUUGUCUUACAGUUGGAAAUGGCAAGCUUUUACAAUGUGCCAAGAAAGCUGCACUGUGGAUGAACAUGACUUGUAAUCAGAGUGAUCAACACAAUACAAAUGGGACAAGCUCACCACAGGUUCAAUCCCAGCCAGCUACAUGUGCAUCUGAUAACAACCUUCAUGUUAGUGGUGAUUUGCUCAUCAAUAAUACCAGACAGGCAGAAGAUCAAAAUCAGAGCAGGUUUGUUAGCAAACCUGCAAGGAAACUCGCAAGGUCAGGCAACCAACCGAAAAUAGGUCUUGAUCCUAGAACAGGUGUUGUGAUUGAUAUACUUUACGGUAUAUCACCUUGUCUGUUGGCACUUGAAAGAAAAAGACGGACAGUACACAAGGUGUUUAUGAGCUCAAGCUUCAUUAGGUCUACAAGACCAGAGGUGCGACAGAUCAUAGACAAGAUAAAGGAGGAGGAAUUAUCGGAUGUUGUGCAAGAAACUCAGCGUGCAAACCUUGAUCAGAUUACGAGAGGCAGACCUCAUCAGGGUAUUUGUUUAGAAACAAGUCGCAUCUACUUCCAAACUCUACCAGAAGAUUCAACAGAAACAAAGCAGAGUCAAGUGCAACCAGUACACCUGGUACUGGACCAAAUUAAGGAUCCAAUGAAUUUGGGUGCAAUUUUGCGAUCAGCUUACUACCUUGGUGUGGAUAGAGUUAUAGCUAGCAGGCACAAUUGUUGCUCAUUGACGCCUGUUGUGAGUAAAGCUAGCAGCGGAGUCAUGGAAAUCAUGCCGGUAUAUGCAACAACGGAUGUACUAUCAUUCCUGGAGAAACAACGAGAGAACGGAUGGGAGAUUGUUGGUUCUACGAGUGUUUCUUCUCACAAUGUAUCAAGGCGUGGUUCUAAGAUAGCAGCCACUGAGGAUUUCACUGUGUGUAAACCAACCACUUUGGUUAUAGGUAGUGAAGGUACUGGAUUAUCAGCUGGAGUUGAGGAUCUGUGUAAUGUACUAUUGACUAUUCCUGCUGGCAGAAUAUUACAUUCUGGCGUAGAUUCACUCAAUGUGUCUGUUGCUACGGGUAUUCUGCUUCAGUCAUUGCUCCAAGGUAGACGAUGAUAACAAGAGGAUGAUUGUUCAAGAACUUGGUUUAUAUACACAGGACAACACAGCACGGAACAUCAUGUCUCUACCAUGCUUGACAUCAUUCCAGGAAGCGUAGGCCUACAAGGUUAAUGCUAGUUUUUAUUUUUUUAGAACGACCUGUUCUAUGAGUUUUAAUACAGUAGCCCAAUAUAUUUCCUAUUCAAGGUUUUCUUUCAGUACGUAGAAUUUUGUAUUUUUUUGUUUGACCCUUUUGUUUACUAACCAUUUCCUAGUGACCAGUUGAAUUAUUCCUUUCUGAAAAGUCAUUAUUAGAAGGAAGAAAGAUUACUAUGUAGCACAGCCACAUAGUAUUUGUCACCAGAGAAGAAACCAACUAAACUUUGAUCAAAUAUCUGUACAAAAUAGAACUCCACUUUUGUUGAUGGCUGUUUAUGGUCUUCAUGGAUGAAAGCAGAAAACACUCUGAAACCGUUUAAUGAUUUGCUGGAUGAGCUGGAAUCAAAGUAUGAUUUGGAAGCUAGUUAAUGAAAAACUGCAAAUUGUCUCGGCUUUAUUUGAUAUAAAUGACACAAUUUUUGGCUGAACAAGAAGAUUAUUUACUGUUCAAUGUAAGAUUUGUUCCUUCUAGUUUUUUUUUCUUUGUUGUUUUUGUGGAGGGGGUAGGAAUAUUUAUAGCUCCAUGAUUUCACAAAGUCAAAAUGUCAUGAUGAAGACGCGACCAUAUGCGCGGUUGUAUGGAAAAAAAUUCAACUCUAAAUUCAGUUUCAGAAAGUUUACUUUCAAAAACGGUUUUACACGUUUACAAAAAUAACUGUUAUUAUUACACACACUGCUUAGAUAUUAUAACAUCUAGGAUACCAUGGAGUCCAUACAAAACUAUGUGACAGUAUGAUCAUGAAGGAAGGAUUCCUCAUGGGUGCAUGUCAUGAAUUCUUAUUUACUUUUGUAUUUUUUUAUGCUGAUUAGUCCCACAAAAUACACAAACUACUUCAUAUUUCACACAAAAUACAAAAAUCCACAUGAGGCUUGAUUACUGCCAGGACUCUAUGUCAUCGCUCUGCGAGCACUUUCACACUACAAAAUUAUAUUGGCCCACCAAAUUUUGUGCCGGGCCAUUCAUUCUUUGUUUUAAAUGUCCCUGCUGGCUAAUUGCAAGUUAAUUGAAUUUCAACCCUCGCAGUUGGGCCGUUUUCUGCAGCAAUCUUUACAGUUUAUGAAGACUGGUGGACUUACCUAAGGACAUGUAAAUGCAGCAGCCUCAUUAUUGGGAGAUUCGCAGGAUUGAGGAUUCAAAGUCAUUGACAUAAGUUGGGGGGGGGGGGGUACUAGCGAAGCACCCCUACAUUUUAGUUGCAUGGUGCAUGGUGGCCAAGAUAAAAAAGGGCUGAACUGGAGUUGAACGAUAGAUCAUCUCCGACUUUCAUAUUUUCUUUUGUUUGAACUUGUCUACAUUCAUAUUCCCCAUGACUGUGUGUGGGGUCCCUUCCUGAUUGGAGUUCCUUAAUUCUGCUUAGGGGAUGAAUGCCAUGCUAUUUUGUGUCCGUCUCGUCCUUCCCAAUGUGUUUUCCUGUGCAUGGAUGGGUUAAGCAAAACGGCCUCAGCGUUCUUGCACUUUCUAAUCUCCAGAAUUCCAUAACCUUUACAUCAAGCAUUCCCUUACUUUUCAAUGACUUUUCCCAGACAUCAAGUACUUACUACCUUACACAUGUAUGUGUUUUUCUGGGCAUUAAAUUGAAUACCAAUUGAUUUCUCAACCUUUUCUACUUUGGAAGUUUUGUCUUUGGCAGUGGUCUGAGACUAUUCAACUAAGAAAUCAAUGUUAUUUGUCCAGUUGACACUUCAAUCCCUACUUUAGCUGACUCUUGUAGGUUCUUAGUUUCAUUCUGAAGUCUAGUUCUCUUUGCUUUAAGUUUUUUUCUUCUAGCAUUCCCUUCCUCUUGUUUUCAUUCUUGGCCUUCACCAUGUUAAUUUUUACAUUUCUGUGCAUCAGUGCAGGCACGGUGCUUUGCAUUACGAGCUGCAGACACCCACUAGCAAGGAUUUCUCAAUGGUAAUGAUCUGAAGACUCUUGAUCCGCUAGCAAGGAUUUCUCAAUGGUAAUGAUCUGAAGACUCUUGAUCCGCUAGCAAGGAUUUCUCAAUGGUAAUGAUCUGAAGACUCUUGAUCCGCUAAGUUCUGCAUAUAGAUCUUACGAUGUUGGCAAUGGGUAUUGUUCAUAGUCAACGGCUUGAUUGAUUGUGAUUUUGUAGUCACCGCAGAGUCGAACGGUUUUGUCAGCCUUGGGCACAACUACUACUGGUGUUGCCCAAUCGCUAAUAAUAUUGGCAUUGAAAAACAUGCCCGCUCUCUCCAUGUAUGCUUCCAAUGUAACCCGUGGACGCCACCAUGUUGCGUGACUCUUGACCCGUAUUAGCAUACAAUCACAAAAGUUCUCCAACCGAGCAUGUGUGGAACGGUGCGUCGCUGGUUGUACUGUGUUAGCACAAACACCUGUGCUGAACUUUCGUCAAAGUGUCGAGUUAGUCCGCUCAAUAAACACUGAUAAUUUGCAGUUUUGGCCGGUGUAACAAAUCCACCUAAAAUCUGGCUGUACUAAGGCUAUACUAGCUUAAGGUGAUCUUGACGAAAAUAUCAUACCGUCUGAAAUCCCUUCUUCGUCGCCAAUGUAAUGUCUAAGGACACUAAAUAAGUGAAACAUGUAGUGACAUACUUGCCAGUAUCAUGAGUGCUUUAUUACAGUAAUGCAGUGCGCAUGCUCAACUUCUGCUCAUUAGCAUAUACACAUUAACAUAAUGUAGGAAUACAUUACAACACCUUUCGGUCAUCUGUAUUCAUCUUGUUCUCAAUCAUGGCAAGCAUAUGGUUGUUGUCCAAAUCAUGUGGUCUUCUGGCUUCUUUUAGAAUGUUAAAGCUCCAUGUAUGCUUUACUAGAUGAACGAGCCCACAGAACCGACUAUACAUAUAGGUGUUCAGCAGUUAAAUCUAAAAACUAGAGUUUUACCAGAACUUGAUUAAGAGUUCUACUCCUCUUGGUGCAAAUGCUCUUGUGUUCUUCUUUCUUGGCUGCUUUCCAUUAUCUUUACACACUGCACUCAUCAGGUAUACAUUGAUCAUUUCCCGUCUGGAGAUCCUCGUCACUGCCACAGUAAAAGCACAGGGAAGGCGCUAUUUUUUGGGGUCGUCACAUGUGUGUUUGUCAUUCACAUGAACCACAUUGAAGGUAGGAUCAUCAUCACUGUGUAGCAAACAAGUACCACAAGAAUACAAACAGCAUAUUGUUCUUGUUCUAGUUGCUGUCUUUACUCAGAUUUCAGUAAACGCACCGUCACCAGACCAAUUCAAAUCAGGUCAAUUAAAAUCUUCAAUCAGUAUCAAAUCAUGUCUGUUGUGUUGCACUCGCAUUGACUCGGGAGAUGGCUGAACUGAGUAAAAAAGUCCAACGGUACAUUUUUUUCUAGAAGAAACACUUUGUUCAAUCCAUAGGUUAAUGAUUUUAAAGUUUUUGUGAUGUAUUUUGUAAGUUUUAGUAUUUUUUUUUAUAAUGAAUCCAACCGUAUGUGGUUGCAAAUAAAAUUAACUUUACCUUACCUUACCACAUUAGUUCACAAUCAUUCCUUUCAAACUGGGAAAGUCGUCAGGAGAUAAUCAAAUUGUUCACCAACGUCAAAAGUGCCCCUCCUCUCUUGUUGUUUCUGUCACGCCGAUGUAUGGAGAAGUCUUAAAGGAUAGUUCAUCGUCGAGAACGUGCUGGUUUAAGCAGGUUUCCCAUAAGCAAACCACUUGGAAGUUAUUGCUUAAGAUGUUGGCAUGUUUAGCUGAUUUGUAGUCAACCAUCUUGUUUUUUAAACUCCGAACAUUCUGGUAGUAAAGGGCACCAUUUGAUGACUUUGAGGAUUCGUUUUAGGGCCUGGAUUAAGUUAAAUAUCCCCAGCUAGCAAUGGUAGGAAUACUCAAAUGCAAAAAGUGGCAAGAUGGUUUAGGAUAUAGUAAAACAUGAUUGCCAAUGUUCCUGCAGUUUGAUGAGCUCAUAAUGAAUGAACAGAUUACAACAACAAUGACAGUCAUGAGGUAAUAUUAACAAUAACUUAUUGAACUUACAUUGCGCUCUCUACAGGACCAGCCUGUUCGAGAGCGCAUAACAAUUAAACACAAUUCCAGUUUUAAAAAAAAUUAAAUUAUGAAAAUUAAUCCAUUCGAAAACAAUCAAAUGUAAAAAUCCAUUAAAAAGUUACAGCAAAUAACGAUCAGUGAAAAUUACAUCAAACAUUUACAAGCAAAUUGCACAAAGAUCAUAAAAACUGUCACCCACACAUUAUAAAAGUGUAAUUACUGAUCGUAAGCCUCCCUAAACAAGUGGGUCUUUAAUUUGGCCUUGAAGGACCCCAGCAAAAUACCUCCUCGUAAACAAGGCGGUAGUGCAUUCCACAACUUUGGAGCAACCGACAGUGAGAAGAUCACAAACAUAGUCAAGAGCUUAACAAUGUAUACAUUUAAAAACAAGCAAUAACAAUUUAAAAUAAAUGUGAACUUUAAUUGGCAGCCAAUGCAGUUCCUUCAGGAUGGGGGUUAUAUGACAAAAUCUGUUUGUAUUUCCAACUAGCCUUGCAGCAGCGUUCUGAACUCUUUGUAAGUGGAAGACUAUAAAACAAGCCGUUACAAUAAUCGAGACGGCUAAUAAAAUAAUAAGAGAAUUGUGAGAUAAAUGUUUACUUAAGUGCUUUAUAUUAUGGAGAUAGUAAAAAACUAGUAUAGAGCAGACUUUAGUAAUAUGAAAACGCAGACUUCAUCUUUGAGCUUGAUUUCCCCUUGGCUUUGGGUUUCUUUCAGUAGGUUGUUUAAUGGUCGUGCGAUGCGAGAAAAGUCCUGGAUGUAACUGCGGUAGUAGCCCAGUAGUCCAAGUAACUUCCUGACAUCUCCAACAGUCUCUGGUCACUUUUCGCUGAGGGACCGAACAGCAGAUAUGUCAGAUGGAUCAAGUCGAUGACCUUCUGCUGAUACCAGUCGACCCAGGUAGCGUACUUCACUUUGAAAGAACUCGCACUUGUUGGGUCUUAACAUGCUUCUGUAAACGCUUCAGGACCUGCCGUAGAUGAACAAGGUGGGCUUGAAAGUUGUCGCUAAACAACAAAACAUCGUCAAGGUAGGUCAUGGCAGUUUCAACAUUGAGUCCAUCAAGGCAAGUCUCCAUAAAUCGCUCGAAAACUGCUGGUGCAUUUGUCAACCCAAAUGGAAUCCUGACCCAUUCGUAAAGUCCCCAAGGUGUGAUGAAAGCUGUGAGUGGACAACUUUGUUCUGAUAUAAAACCCUGGUGAUAUGCUUUACCUUGGUCGAGGGUAAACCAUUGGUUGCCGCCUAGGCUGUCCAACACGUCCUUGAUUCGAGGGAUUGGCUGACGAUCAGGAAUAGUUUUCUGGUUUAACUCUCUGUAGUCAACACAGAGUCUGAGACUUCCAUCUUUUUUCCGAACACACACUACUGUUGAUGAGUAUGGAGAAGAAGACUUCCUGAUCCGUCACGGCUGAUUAGGUCUGCCAGGUACGUCCAGACUUCCUGGUACAGUGGGCGGGGCAUUGAAGUGUACGUGUUUCUGACGGGUUCCUCAUCACGUAGCCGAAUCUCCAUCUUCAAGUCGGGGACACGUCCCAGAUCCGAGUCAUCUUUAGCAAAAGCGGCUGACUCCUCUCAAAGAAGCUUCUCGGCAGCAGACCUCUGUGAGGUUGUCAGAUGACUCAGGUUUACAGGGGGAAUCCAUUCCUUCACGGUGGAGAUACUGGAAACAGUGGUUUCUCUUUGCUUGGGUGAUGGUGUCGAUGUCUUCAGCAUAGAGGGUUGCACAUGAUGUCUCUGUCUGUGGAGUUCGUCACUCGGAUUACGGUUGCCGUACCUGUUAUGAGAUUCACCACUGAUUCCUCUACCUGAAGACCUUCCGGCCAAUGCUGUUCAACGUCUGGUAUGAACAGUCCUUCUAUCUUGCCAUUUGUCAAGCCAGCUCGUGCCAAACAUCGAAUACCAAAGUUGCUGUGUUUGUGUAUCAUAAUGUUCUGCCUCCCAGAUUUGACACUGCAGACUUCUUCUGGAUCAUUAGCCUGAAUCAAGUGAACCAACUUUCAGGCCUCAACCUUUAGCUUCAGAGGGGCAAGGCCACUUGGCCUCAAAAGCUCCAAAAAAGAAAGGGGCACCAAGGCCAACUGAAAGGGCACCAAGGCCACUUUCAAACCUUUACUUGUUGAUGAUUACAUGUAUGUUAUUAUACUUUCCACUGAUUUCAAGAUGGUGGUCAACUUUCCAACCCAUAUUUAUUUCUAUGUCGCUGUUUACAUGCUGUGCGAUUGAAAUUGAAUAAAAAAAAUAAAAUAAUUGUUGCUGAAUUGUUUACAUUUUUUUUUUUGCAGCACUCGCAUUGCAAACUAUUACCCCAGUAGUUAACUUACCCCAUUUUACCCCCCUCCCCUUAUUAAUCGACUUAAUUAAACUCCCUUCUGCUCAUCUGAAAACAAAUCAUUGCCCCAGAACAAAGAAUUGUUGAAAAAAUCAUACAGAAAAAAUAUUGAGAAAAUGAAUUCCCUGCAUGCUAAUCUGAAGAAAAAAGAUCAAUUAGUCUCUGGCUCACCAGAAAAAAAGAAAGUCGCAAGGCAGGCAAAUCACUGGUGGGUCACAAACAUUAAUCCAGUACAAGCCUUGGACACCAGCACAAUAGCCAGGAGAAAAACUGUAAUCUGUAGCAAUCUACCGAUGAGGUUUGUCACCUUCUGAUGUUGUCUGGGUGUGAUGUGGUAUAUGGAAGUAAUGGGUCGGGGGUCUCGAUCCUGCUGGUGUGGUUGGGACUGUCUUUCUCUCCUGGCUACUCCCUGUCCCGCGGACGUAACCUUGAACCAUUUCCCUGGUGUGUACGGUCUCUGCUUCUCCGACAUCCACGAGCAAAGUGUUCUGAUCACCCAUACUUGAAGCAGUGGUGACAGUCAGAGCCGGUUCCCGUUUCUUGACGCUUGUGGCAUCCUUGACGAACUCGGGAUGAAGGUAUCAAAUUGUGAUGGUUGCUGUUGUGGUGUCCUCUGGAAUGAUUCUUGGAGUGCUUGGCCUUUCAAUGAACUUAGCUCUGCAAUCCCUGCUUUCAGCUCUGCAAUCUCUGUCAUCAGUAGUCCUGGUUUUGCUGGCAUGGUCUGUUUGUCCUUUACUUCAGACUUCAUUCAUGGUGGCUGCUUUGUUUUGGGUGAGUUUCUGCCGUCUUUCUUCUUCCAGGCUGGAGAACACAUUAAUCUUUUCAAAGAGCAAUUCAUCAGAUGUCUUUGGUUCAUCCAGGUAGGGUCAGAGUUCUGUCUUUAUGGCAUCGCUCCUCAAGCCAGUCAAUAUGGUAUGGCGAAACAUCUCUGGCACAGGGUGCGGAUCGUAGCUGGAAUCUGGAAUCACUUUCCUGGCUAGCAAACAGGACUGGCCUAGGCUGACUCCCUAUCUCCCUAUCAGCGGGGAGAGUUGUUUAUAGAGAUCUGUCGCAUCUCUCUCCUGGUAGUGCGAUCUUAUGAUUCGUUGAAGACUGGGUAGAGAGAUCUCGCUGCGUCCUUCCAGGUAGAGGUCCAAGACAGGAACCUUGUGGUAUAUCACAGGUAACAUCAAACUUGUCCGAACUGGUUUCCUCUAUCACUAUACAUUGACUCCUGCCAGUUAAAUAUGAAGAAAACCAAUCUAGAGCAAUUCCACUUAUCCCAAAUUUAGACCUCGGACGACUACGUAAAGUGUUAUGGUUAACAGUAUCAAAUGCUGCGCUGCACUAAGGUCAAAUAAAGUAAGAACAACAACAUGUUAACUUCAUUUUCAUGAGAUUGUGCUGUGUAUACUUGAUUAAGUGCUGUUUCGGUGCUGUGAUUCAUACGGUAAGCGGACUGAAGAGGAGGAUACAUUAUUAUUAGCAGUUAAAUGAUCAUGAACUUGAUUAAAAACAGUUCUCUCAAUCAGUUUUUAAACAAAAGAAAGAUUGCUAAUAAUAUAAUAUAAUAACAAAUUCUUAUAUAGCGCAUUUCACAAUAAUGCGCGGUAAGUAGCAGGCACAUGAUCAUGGUUAUGUUUGUUCAACAUAAGUGUACAUUGACUCUUUCCAAUUUUUCGGGAAGCCACAAAUGAGCAAUGCAUUGAUGACUCUAUAGUAAACGUUUGAAGCAAGACAUCUAUGCAAUCAACUACAACAGGUGUUGGCAUUGGGUCAAGAGAGCAAGAUUGAUGUGCAGAGUGCACCCAGAGCUUGUACCAGUAUCAGAUGAAUACUUACAAGUACCACAUAUCAUCCCAUCCAGCUUAGCGUGGAUUUGAUAAAUUUUCCCGACGAAGAACUGACCCAAGUCAUUAGCAAAAGUAACCUUAUCUUCAAACGGUGGUAAAGGAAUAUCAAUAUUUGUCUUGAGUAAAGAUUUUCCUAAGAUCAUAAUAAUAUAUAUAAGAUCAGAACAAUUAUCAUUUAUGACAUUAUAGUAAAACUUCUUUCUGGCUCUAACAACAAGAGUAGUAACAGAGUUCCUCCAUGCCUUGAAGAUGUUUAAAUCAGAAACUGCUCUUGUCCCAUGCCAUCUGCGUUCAGCCCUCCUUCUCAUUAUCUUGGCAGCUUUGAUGUCAAUAUUAUACCAGGGUACAAGAGGCCUGAAGGAAAUGGUUUGAGUAAGAAUGUCUAUCCAAGGCUUCUGCGAGGGUAACAUUAUAAUAGUAAGAAUGUCUAUCCAAGGCUUCUGCGAGAGUAAGAAUGUCUAUCCAAGGCUUCUGCGAGAGUAAGAAUGUCUAUCCAAGGCUUCUGCGAGGGUAACAUUAUAACUUGCCAUUAACUCAUUUAGAUGGUGAGGAGGGUUGAUGCACAAAUCUGAUACCAAAAGCUCAUUUCUCAGCCGCUCCAUGUUGAUGUUAUUAAUUUUCCUACAAGGAAAUGACACUCAUUGGAUACAGUAACUAUAACGCUACUCGAUUUCUCUCAAAAAUAUUUGAAUUAAAAAACAGACCUCAGCUGAGGUCGCGAAUUCAAGGCAUCUGAAAGCACAC